GAUAGUUCAUUUACUAAUAAACUUCUUGAAUGUGUGCAGCUGUCAAUGUAAUAAAGACAAAAAGGCUUACGUUUUUCAAUGUGUGUGUGAAUUAUUAUUGAUGACUUGAUGUUGUAUUCAGAAAAAAAAAUAGGAUUUUAUUUUAUAUUUUAUGUGAUAAGAAAACAAAGACAAUGCUGCUUCAUUGAAAAUUUGUAAUUCAUUGAAGUUAUAAAAUAAGUCGUAAAUGUUAUUAAUAAAGUUGUUCUUGACUAAACAUUUCUAAAAUUAAUUUAGACUGCGCAUCGCGCUUUCUUGAAAAAAUAUGCCAAAAAUACCAUAUAAAGCGGAAAAAUGCCAAGAUGACGACGAAGAUUAUGAAAUAGUAUCAUUCGAGGAUUUUUGCGACAAAUCACCAGGAGCGAAAACCGAUUUACUGACUCUUAAUGAUAACAUAAAUUAUCGUCUUUACUAUGAAAGUGAUAAGAACUCAACGUUCGCCGAAGGCGGUGAACCAUCAAUACGUAAUGUUGGAAUGCAUACAGAGACGUCUUUGAACGGUCCUAAAAAUGCAUCUUAUAAAAGAAAAUUGUCUUUUGCUCCCUUUGGAAGGACCGACAAGUCUAGCCGAAGACAUCUCUUUAGCGGCGUCAUACCAAAGCCUAGAGAUGAAGGAGAAUCUACUAGAGACCACCGGUACGAAAGAUUUUCUCCCCGUCGUGGUUGGGCGGGUCGUGCUUGGGAACAAUUGUCUAACUUUUUCCCUGGAAUGGUAGCCAUAGCGGUGCUUUGUGCCCUGUGUGUGGGCGCCUGGUGGGCAGUGGGUGGAGCCCUUGGAGGAGGCUGGGGAGAUGACCAUUACAGGAGGUUGUGGGAACGCGCUCAUCCGGAUGACAUAAAGAAACCUUUAUCACCUAUUAUCGAAAAGAUAAUACCAACCGAAAACCGCUAUCACGACCACAAUAACCUGUCAACGAAAAAUAAAAUAAACAUCACCGAUGUGAAUAGAAAGAAGGAUUAUAACAAGAAGAGUUAUACGGAACGACCGAUUGAGGUUCUGAAGGAAAUGUGUUCGAAUGUGUCGGACAAUAUGCGGUUUGAUUGUCAUCCGCAAGAUAAUGCAAGCGAAGAGGCGUGUACUAAACGAGGUUGUUGCUGGAAACCAACAAGCAUCCCUCGGGCUCCGUACUGCUUCUACCCUCCACAAUACGAUACCUACCACUUCAUGAACAGUACGGAAAACAAACAUGGCAUUACAGUUUAUUAUGGGAAAGGACGGGACGCAAUGUACCCUGGACAGUUUGCGACUGUUAAACUUGAUUUUAAUUAUGUUUCCGAUGAUAUCCUACAGAUAAAGAUAACAGACGCAGAUAACCGCAGAUUCGAACCCGCUUACCCCGAGAUCCCGAUGGUGUCGGGUCCCCUUUCACAGCUGAAGUACCGUGUAGAGGUCGAUAGUUCUGCUGUAGGAUUUAAGGUCGUGAGGAAUGCAGAUAAUGUUACCAUAAUGACCUUGAACACUUAUUUCAGUGUAAACACUCAAAACAUGGGCGGUUUGAUCCUAUCAGACAAGUUUCUCCAGUUAUCUUCGGAGCUGCCUUCUGACCAGCUGUAUGGUCUGGGAGAGAAGCAGGCUGCCUUCCAGAACGAUCUGCAGUGGAGGACCUUCACGUUCUUUAACCGGGAUAUUCCCCCUACUGAGAACGUAAACUUAUAUGGGACUCAUCCGUUCUACUUGUGUUUGGAAAAAGAUGGAAACAGUCAUGGGAUGGCUCUUAUCAAUUCGAAUGCUAUGGAUAUAGUCUUGCAACCGACCCCAGCUAUCACCUACCGGGUAUUGGGCGGGGUGUUAAACUUCUUCGUGUUACUGGGCCCUACCCCCAAGGCAGUUGUGUCUCAGUACACAUCACUGGUGGGGAGACCCUUUCUACCCCCCUACUGGGCGCUCGGCUUUCAUCUGUGCAAGUUCAAUUACGGCAGCUUGAACGUUACUAAAGAUGUCAUGCGACGCAAUAGAGACGCCGGUAUACCUCUGGAUGUUCAAUGGAAUGAUCUAGAUUAUAUGCAUGAAGGCAACGAUUUUACGUAUGAUAAAGUAAAGUUUGCGGGUUUGCCCGAGUUUGUGAACCAGUUACACGAGCAAGGCAUGCACUAUGUCAUGCUUUUUGAUCCAGGUGUCAGUGCAGCAGAGAAACCCGGUGAAUAUCCACCUUUCGACCGCGGCUUAGAAAUGGACGUCUUCAUCAAAAACUCAACAGAUCAACCUUUUGUUGGAAAGGUCUGGAAUAAAGUUUCGACCGCUUGGCCGGAUUUUACUCACCCCAACGCUUCGGCUUAUUGGAAAGAAAUGUUUACAGAUUUCCAUAAAAUUAUUAAAUAUGAUGGUGCUUGGAUUGAUAUGAAUGAACCAUCAAACUUUCUAUCCGGUUCUAUGUAUGGGACAUGUGCAGAUGAAAAUCUUCCCUACAAACCUAAAGCGAUCCCUGCUGAGGGCUUAAAGUACAAGACACUUUGUAUGGACGCCAAACACUAUGCGGGCUCACAUUAUGAUUUGCAUAACUUGUAUGCUAUGACGGAAGCUGUCAUUACUUAUGAGAGCCUCCGCGAAGUCCGAGGCAAGCGGCCCUUCGUAGUAUCGCGCGCCUCGUCGCCGGGCCUGGGCCGGCUGGCGGCGCACUGGAGCGGGGACGUGUUCAGCCGCUGGCACGACAUGCGCAUGUCUGUACCGGAUCUUCUAAGCUUCAGCCUCUUCGGUAUCCCAAUGAUGGGGACGGAUAUUUGCGGGUUCAACGAAGACACCACGCCAGAACUUUGCAAGCGAUGGAUGCAACUCGGAGCUUUCUAUCCUUUCUCGAGGAACCACAAUACUGAUAAUGCUAAGCCCCAAGACCCGGCCAGCAUGGGGGGCGAAGUCCUAUCGGCCAGUCGGACGGCGCUCCGCACUCGCUACCGCUUACUACCGGUGUACUACACGCGGGUAGUUUCUGCCCACCUCUUGGGGGAUACCCUCGCCACCCCACUGUUCUUCGAAUUCCCCUCAGAUUCCAACGUCCACGCUAUCGACGAACAGUUCCUAAUCGGUUCCCAUGUAAUGAUAACCCCUAUUCUCAACGAGGGCGCCAAUACAACCAAGGCUCUAUACCCUGGCAAAGAUCCCUGGUAUAGUUUUCGAGAUGGAAGUUUCCUUGCUCAGGAUCAGUGGAAGGAAGUGACCGAUGAGGACAUGGUGGCUGUCAGGGGCGGUGCGGUCCUCCCCCUCCAGGAACCACCCCUCAAAGGGCCUGUUAACACGGCGAUCACGAGAUCAUCCCCCCUGCAAUUACUCGUUGCCCCUGAUAAUACAAACAGCGCUAAGGGAGAGUUAUACUGGGAUGACGGUGAUAGCAUCAAUUCAUAUGAAGAGAAGAAAUACAGUUACAUACGAUUUAUUUCAAAGAACAACGAGUUAUCUAGUCAAGUCAUAUGGUGGGGAUAUGGAGUGCCUUCGGUCAACUCUAUAUCGAUUCUCGGCCAAACGAAACCAAUAAAAUCAGUCACACUUAACAAUGUACAGAUAGAUUUCAAAUAUGAUGAAAAAAUUAAAGUUUUGUGUCAUGCAUGUGGUUCAGGUAACUGCAACCGACAUGACCCAGAAAUAUCUUCUGAACCAUGGACCAAAUUGCAGAUACACAAACAAUUGGACCAGGCUAUAGAAGAUAUAGACUAUGCCAAAUUUAUAUGUGAUCGUCUCAUACCAUGUGCAUUAAGACAUUAUUCUGUGAGUUCUGCAGGCUUCCGACAGACUGUCCACAUAGCGGCCAGUAAUCGGACUGCAGAACUGAAAUAUUUACGUUGCCUUACUGAAACUCUGGUGCCAUAUUUAUUGAGAAAUUCUGAAUGUCAGAACUCCAAUUAGUCUCUAACUUCCAGAGUGUUCCGUGUUCUUAUACGUGAAAUAUUUGCUGGUUGGGUGUUACUUUCGCUAACAGAUGUACUGGCUGAUCCCCAUAUACUAAACACUCUGAUAGUGUUGGCUACAGGAGACGAGACCAUGGCUGACCUACCAGCUACACCUAACUACAAGGUAGAAUUUCUAGAAAAUUUCGUAAGGCAAUCAGAAUCAAUUUACUGUGCAAGAGGUAAAUUACUGAGGAUCGACUUAGAACUACUUCUAAAUAAUCAAGAAUACUUUUACGCGCUACUUCAUCAUUUAAAGACCACAACAGAUAUAUACUUGCUACAGUUCUAUAAGGAUAUAAAAUCGUUUCAAUCACGCAUCCUCGAUCCCGAGCUGACCGAGGAGCUAGCGAAAGAACUCCACAGCGAAGCACAGGCCCUGUUCGCUCGACACGCGGUUGACGUGCCGCGCGUGACUCUACCGCCGCCGCUGCUGCUCGAGCUCGAGCGCCUGCUGCAGGCGGGCCCGGCCUGCGUCACGCGGCUACAAACGAGCCGAGCGUUGUAUCAGGCUGCUAGGCAAUCCCACACUGCAUUGGAAAAAAUAACGCUGCCCAGGUUCUUGCAUAGUGAAGAGUUUUAUAAAUUAUUCAUUGGACCAAGGAUACCAACUGGAUAUCAAAAGCAAAUGACAAAACGUCCUCAAGAUAAAUUAAACAUGUUAAAACUAGGACUUAAACUGAAAAAUGUAAUAAAGCCCCAAGUAGUAGAUGGGCAGGUGCUAGAUUCAAUAACUUCAGAACUAGAUGAUGCCGAAGGUAUUGAAAAUGUCGAUAUUUUGAAAUAUUUGGACUCUCUCGCAGCUGAGGACUCUAUGGACCAAGAUUUAAGCACAUACAAAGUUGUGCUGACCAAUGUAGAGUCAAGGCUGCAACCACCGCCCCGUCGGGGUCCAGUGCGGGUAUUCACAGUAGCGGUUCAAAGGGUAUCAGGUUCAUUGCCCCCCGCCCUCACAGUGGUAGACCGCAGUGAACAUGACUUCCAUCUUCUACGGAGUAAGCUUCUGGAAUUUCACGGAGACGCUUUGCUGGCUGAUUUGCCGCUACCUUCUAGAAGAGAUAACAGCCCGCUUGAAACACUCCGAUACAAAUAUGAAGAUUUUCUUCAACGACUAAUACAAAUCAGUCUUCUCCAAACAAGUGAACUUCUCCACUUAUUUUUAACGGUGGAUGGAGAUUUCUCCACUGUGGUCCAGGCAACAACCCUUAAUGCAUCAGGGACAGAUUUAGGAAAUAUAUAUCAUUCUGUAGCUCAUAAACUGAGAAAGGAGAAAGGACAGCAUUUGGAAAGUUUUCUAAGGAAUUUCUUGAUAUCCUCCGAUAAAGAACGUUAUCAAGCUUUAAAACAGGGAACAACACGCGACGUGGAAGAGGCCCACGAGGUAAAUGAACAGGAAAUAGUAGAACAAGUAACAGUGCAUACGAGCAAAGCCAGGAAUAUUCACAAGUCUAUAUUUUUGAACAAUUUCGAUGUUGAGCCGGUCGUGUUAAAAAGUGAUAUGGAUUAUCAGAAUUCAGUCGUAGGGUUCUCACAAUGUGUUAUGUAUUUAUUAUUAAAAGUAAUAAAAGCAAGAAGUUUCGUGACCAGCAUAAUCGGUAACUUCAUUGCUAUGAUGAGACACAUUUUAGACGACGUAUUCAAUAAAGCAUUAAAUAAAGGCUUAAGUAAUUUGCUAACUGAGCGGCGACUGGCACACUUAAUACGAUUAGGACAUGAUGUCCUCUUCGGCAAUAAGUCACCAGCUAGCGUGGAUCCUCUGAAACAAAGGGAAUUAGCCCGUCAACAAUUAUUACAAACGAUUCCAGUACCCGCAACGUUAGCAUUCGGUCCCGGUUUACCAGCUGCUGUGUUAACUGCUUUUGAAGUGAUACAAUGUCCGCAGCUAAAUAAACAGUUGGUCUACAACCUGUUAGAUCUGUGCGUCUUGGAGCUGUUUCCGGAACUACGUCAAUCAGAAGGGAACCAACCCACUAGUUAAUGUAUUAUUUGUAAUUAAGUAUUUUUGUAAAUUUCAAAUGAUUGUGAUUGGUGAUUCUGUAGUUUUCUAUUUCUGUUAACUUUGUGCGUAAUUUGUAUUUAAUUGUAAAUAAACAGUAACGGUAAAUAUAUUUUUGUAAUAGUUUAGUUAUUUAUCAGUAGCCUCAAUCUGUGAUAAAGCUGAGGCUGCCAAUUGAACGAAUAUUUGUAACAUGAAUUAGACACCAAAUAAAUUAUUUUCAUAUAUGAA